CAAACAAGCUACCUGGAUUGUUAACUUGAGGAAAAUAUUUCUAAAUAAAUUUAUGAAGACUCAAUGCCUAAGUUAUAGAUAUAAGAUAGGUAUCUAAGUACCUAGGUUAGGUAGGUGACUUUAUUCGGGAAAUAAACAAAUUGAAAAGAGCCAUAAGUAUUUGAAGAAGUCAAGUGAAUCAUUAAAUUCUAUCAAGUGCCUCUUCGCACAGAAAACACAGUCCUCUUACUAAACCUAACUACUUCAGGUGCCUAAGGCAACCGUACAUUCAAUAGCUAUAGCAUAAGCUCAUGUUUUUCUUAAGCAUGCCUAAACUUCCCUUAAAGCCAGUAUUGCAGUUCCGGCAUAUUCUUCGCUUUAUCAACACUAGGACUUUUCAUUGAUGUACUUACUUUUCAUGCAUGAAUAGUCUAGAGCUUACCUGGUAUGAACAAUUAACAUAUCUUGGUCUUGUUGAUAUCUUUCUGCAGUAAAAAGACCAACUAGUUAUCUUGUUCUAUCACUUCUAUGCCUAGGUACGGUACUUACAUACAAAGAGACGGCACUGCAUAUCUGGACGGUCCCGGACCAAGUACCUGAGGUCAUCACAGCAAUCUCCUGUCUACAAAUAUGUGUUUCGUCAUCGGAGAUCGCUCUAAAUCUCACCAGUCUAGUAAAAUAGGUAAGAUAACUAGGAAUUUAUCAUGUCUAACAACUCACACCUGGGCAAUAACACCACCCCUUCUAUGAGACAGCCAUUAUUUUCUCCUCACGCCACCCCUAUUCCCUUCUCACCUUUUCCGCAUGAGCCACAGCUCUGUUCGUGCGACCCGUGUGUCACGCUCAGGCUAUCUCGACGUAUGGAUCUAAGAUAUUCUCACUCAGAAGUCGCCGGGGGCAAUGUAGCCGCAAAUAUUCGCCAAGAGCGCCAUGAGAUCAGAACCUCCAGAAGAAGUAGCACGAGAAGAUCGGACUCGGAAUCCCGAGCGACGCACCAAUUGCCACCGCUAGCCAUACCGCCGCAUCUCCACCCGGGGAUGACUUACCCGGAGAUUUACGUCUAUCCUGGCAAAUCACAUCAUAUCACGUUCCCAGUGGUCAACUACAGCUCAGCCUAUCAGGCUCAGAAUCGCACAUCCGGGCCAGGGUGCUACCUGGCCAUAUCACCGCAGUGCGCGAAGCCGGCAGACUUCGAGGCUGCGCUAACACCGCCAGGAUCCGGGCUUGCUGUCAUGGCGCGGUUAUCCAAGACGCAAAGAACGACACCUCUAAGUACAUUUCGAGACGCCGCGGAACUUCGCAAAGACUCGAUUCAGCUGGAAAUCUGGGAUGAGGAUGCUAUCAAGACCCCCGAGAAGAAGGGUCACGGAGCGGAAGUUGAAGCUGACGUUCUCGACGGCGCUGAAGCUGGGACGUCAAAGAAGAAAAAGAAAGCUGCGAACCCAGUACAGACGAAGUAACCCUAAGGCUGGCAGGCUGGUUGGAUUGUAAGUUGGGCAUCGUAUGAUAAACCAGUGAUAAGCAAGUUGUCAAUAAGAAAUAAGAUACCGGUAUGAGUAUGGAUUGAUAUUCUCUCGUGCUGUUGUCUAAAUUUAUUUUGUAUUGAUCCUACCUUGUUGUUUCCUUUGGUCUAUGUAUUUCAGGGGUUGAACGUACCAUUUUCUUAUAAACUGCUGGAUUAGCCAAGCCGCUAUAGCAUUUCGUUGCUGUCUCUUAUGCACCGGGAUCGCGCUAGCCGUACACAGAUGCAGAGGCGACCAGCAAUGCAGAGUAAGGAUAUAAUUCCUGCAUGUCAUGUCGGUAGAGAAACUAUGGAAGAUUUCACGUCUGACAAUCGGCAUCGAUUGCCGAAUG